UUUUUUUUUUUUCAUUCUUCUUGUCCUGGCUGAAGAGAUUUCUCGUCUAGACCUCUCGCAGGCGGGGCUCUUCACACCUACUCCACCGACCUUCCCACUACCUCACCGUUGCUCGACCAUCAGGUCCUUCUUCCCCGUCUUCAUUUCAUCCAUCGUCGAAGCGACCUUUUUUCCAUCAUGAUGCUACGGCGCGCCACCCAUGGCGCACGCGGCGCGGGCCGCAGGUCCUUUGCCAGUGUCUCUCACCAGUACCCCAGCCCUGGCGAGAGGUUACACGGCUUCACCAUGAAGCGCGUCAAGCAGGUCCCAGAACUCAAGCUCACGGCACUGCAGCUCCAGCACGACAAGACAGGCGCCGAACACCUCCACAUCGCCAGGGACGACAGCAACAAUGUCUUCUCCAUCGGCUUCAAGACGAACCCGCCCAACGACACGGGCAUCCCCCACAUUCUCGAGCACACCACUCUGUGCGGAAGUAAAAACUAUCCCAUACGGGACCCUUUCUUCAAGAUGCUCCCGCGAACACUUUCCAACUUUAUGAACGCCUUCACGGCAUCCGACCACACCUUCUAUCCGUUCGCGACUACAAACCAGCAGGACUUCAAGAACCUGAUGUCCGUUUACCUGGACGCCACUCUCAGGCCGCUUUUGAAAGAGACGGACUUCUGGCAGGAGGGCUGGAGAGUUGGCCCCGAAAACCCCGAGGCCCUGGCCCAGGCCGGCGAGGCGGCCAAACCCGAGGAUGGCCGCUUAGUCUUCAAGGGUGUGGUGUACAACGAGAUGAAGGGCCAGAUGUCGGAUGCGUCGUACCUGUACUACAUCCGGUUCCAGGACCACAUCUUCCCGGACAUCCACAACUCGGGCGGUGAUCCCCAGAAAAUCACCGACCUAACAUACGGGCAGCUUAAGCGGUUCCACGCCGACCACUACCACCCCAGCAACGCCAAGCUGUUCACAUACGGCAACAUGCCGCUCGCCGACCAUCUUCAGGAGAUCGACGCCCAGCUCAGCGCCUUCGAGAAGAGCCUUGCGGACGGGGUCUCCAAGGUCCACCGCCCAAUCGAUCUCAGCAAUGGCCCUCGUGAUGUCACCAUGUCAGGUCCGGUCGACCCACUCGUGGACCCCGAUAGACAGUUCAAGACAUCGGUUUCGUGGGUCCUUGGGGACACUGCCGAUGUUGUCGAGUCCUUCUCACUAUCGCUGAUCUCGGGCCUAUUGAUGGACGGAUACGGCUCGCCGUUGUACAAGGGUCUGAUCGAGUCCGGGUUGGGCAUCGACUGGAGCCCAAACACCGGAUACGACAGCUCUGCCAGGUCAGGCAUCUUUUCCAUCGGUCUGACCGGGGUGAAGGAAGAGGACGUGCCCAGGCUCAAGUCCGAGGUGCAAAAGAUCUUGCGGGAGACGCGUGAGCAAGGCUUCAAGAGGUCCAAGAUUGAUGGCUAUCUUCACCAACUUGAACUCUCCCUAAAGCACAAGACGGCAAAUUUUGGCAUGUCGCUUCUGCAGAGGUUAAAGCCAAAGUGGUUCAACGGCAUUGACAUCUUCGACUCGCUCGCGUGGAACGACACGAUUAACGAGUUUGAGAAGCGCAUGGCCGGGGGAGGUUAUCUUGAGGCACUCCUGGACAAAUACCUCCUCAACGACAACACGCUGACGUUCACCAUGACCCCCUCGGCCGAUUUCGGUGCUGAGCUGGUGAAAGAGGAGGAGGCCAGACUUGCGGCUGAGAUCGCACGAAUCUCGGAGGUGAUGGGUAGCGAGGCGGCCGGGCAGAAGACGCUAACAGAAAGGGAGUUGCACCUGCUCGCAGAGCAGGGUAAAUCUGUCAGUGAAGACCUGAGCUGUUUGCCCACUGUUCACGUCCAAGACAUCCCAAGAGAAAAAGAGCGGGUUGUGCUCAGGCAUGAGCAGACCGGCGGUGUCAAGACCCAGUGGUACGAAGCCCCUACCAACGGGUUGACAUAUUUCCGAGCCGUAAAUACCUUGGCGCAUCUUCCCGAAGAGCUUAGGGCGUUCAUCCCACUCUUCACAGAUGCCAUCAUGCGCCUAGGCACCAAGACCCUGUCGAUGGAGGAGCUGGAGGACCGCAUCAAGCUCCGCACCGGUGGCGUCUCAGUUGGUUACCACUCCUCAACACUCCCUGGAGAUUUCAGGCAGUCAAGCGAGGGCCUCAUCUUCACCGGCAUGGCCCUGGACCGAAAUGUCCAAGACAUGUUUGAGCUUCUGCGGCUGCUUGUUCUGGAAACGAACUUCGACAGCCCCGAGGCCGUCUCGCACAUUCGCCAGCUGCUGCAGGCCUCGGCGGACGGCGUUGUUAACAACAUCGCAUCGUCGGGGCAUGCCUACGCCAGGAGGGCGGCAGAGGCCGGUCUGAGCACUGGCGGGUAUCUGAAUGAGCAGAUCAGCGGGCUGUCGCAGGUCAAGUUGAUCACGUCACUGGCCAGCAGGCCCGAGUCGGACCAGCUAGCUGACGUGAUUGCCAAGCUCAAGGCCAUCCAGAAGCUUGCGUUCAGCGGGGGUGGCAUGCGCGCUGCGAUUACCUGCGGCACAGAGAGCGUAGGGGGAAACCAAGCGGCCCUGGCCAAGUUUGUGGGCGCUCUCCCCGAAAGCAGUGGCGGUAUGGCCGGGUCGGCGGACAAGAACACCAUGAGCGCCUUCCCCAGAAACGCCAAAGCCUUCUACCCCCUUCCGUACCAGGUGUACUAUGGUGCACUUGCUCUCCCCACCGUCUCGUACACUUCGCCAGACGGCGCGCCACUGCAGAUCCUCUCGCAGCUCCUGACGCACAAACACCUGCACCAUGAGAUUCGCGAGAAGGGUGGCGCUUACGGGGGCGGUGCCUACACGCGUCCCCUGGACGGAGUGUUUGGCUUCUACUCGUACCGCGACCCGAACCCUGUCAACACGCUCAAGGUGAUGCGCGGUGCAGGCGAGUGGGCCGUGGACCGUGAGUGGACGGCGCGGGACCUCGAGGAGGCCAAGAUCUCGGUCUUCCAGGGCGUGGACGCACCGAAAGCGGUCAACUCGGAAGGAAUGAGCGAGUUCCUGUACGGCAUUACCGGGGACAUGAGGAGCGCGCGGCGCAAGCAGCUCCUCGACGUCACGCGCGAUCAAGUCCAAGAGGUUGCGCAGAGGUACAUCGUUGAUGCACUUCAGUCUCAGGAUGAGAGGGUCGUGUUUCUGGGCGAGAAGGCCGAGUGGGCGGACCACUCAUGGGCGAUGCGUGAGAUGAACGUCAAAUAAAGAAAGCAGUGCGCCUAUGCACCGCACCCUUUUGCAGGCGCAAGGGGUUGGACUCUCCGCUGGGGUUCUGUAAUACUCACCAUGUAGAAACACUCUCACGACAUACACAAUGAUACCCCUCUCAAAAGCAAGUGGGCUAGUAGACGGGACGCACGCGACCAACAAGACAACAAACAACAGCCGCCCG